GCGAGGCAGUAGACAGGCUGGGACUCUUGGACAGACGCACUGGGAUCGCUGGCUCUCUCCCAGUCAGAAGACCAGAAACGGCUGGAAAUGCUGGAUAUUGAAGCCGAGGCAGUGGAUGAGGAGUCUGGACCAGAUUUGGGCUUGAUCGUAGCACACAUGGAGCUUGUUCCAAGAUUACUCAGAGAUACUUUUUGCUGCUUUGGAGAAAAAUGGGGAUUCUACAACUGAGAGUGCAACAAUGAAUACACUAAAGAUUUCUUUUAAACUACCAGUUGAAGAGUGACACACUAAAAUGCUUCUGGCUUGCCUUGCCAUGCAAUACUUUAAGCUGCACUUGAAAUAUUAUUGGCUUAAACACCCAUAAUCAAUAAGAUCUUGUAUUUACUUUGUGACUCGACAGAGAUACAGACCUUUUUCUAAAGGGAAGUACAUCUGCAUCCAUUAGAAAUAUUUUCUAGGUAAGCUCAGGAUAUUUCAGUUGGAGACUACACUGGCUUAGAGAUGACUGGAGCCCUGCAUACUGGAUUCAUACUCUUCUUCUUUCUGGUGGUAUGUGAGAGUGAGCCAACACAUGCUGGGCCAGACAGAGUGGGGGAUUCACGUGGACAAUCCAGUCUGGUCCAUCUAACUUCUCAUUGGGCCUUCCAGCUGGUCAAUGACUCACUAGCCCACUCCAGGGCUGAGAGCAUCUGCAGAGGCCAGUUCAGCUCCCUUGCCACCCUGGACCAAUCAGAGGACCGGGAAGGAGCCUUGGAGCUGCUUCGCCAGACCGGACCUCUCUCACCUAUUUGGGUCAGGAAUCCCAGCAAAGCAGCCUCCAAGCCUGUGGCCCUCUCCAAACAAUAUUUACAGUUCUCAGCUCUAAGCUUCCCAAAGGAAUCCCGUGAGGGCUUUGCUCGUGUCAACAUGCCCUUUCCUGCCCUGUCGUCCGUCAGUGUGUGUGUUCGUGUUCAAUGGAACCCAGUUUGGAAUGAGGUGUCCACCAUCUUCUCCUACGCUGCGCCUGUCUUUACCAAUGAGUUCCAACUACGAGGCCAAGUGGACAUGCUGGGACGCAUCCUCCUGGCACUCAUCAUCCAUGGGAAGCACCUGCCGUACAAGGCAUCCUUCCCCAACGACGGAGCUUGGCAUCACAUCUGUGUGACGUGGCACCGGAGCAGCGGCCACUGGGCUAUCUAUGUGGAUGGGGACAGGAAGGACAUGGGCUCAGGCACAGACACUUCCAGGGAUAUUUACGGAGAUGGGAUAUUCAUUCUGGGUCAGGACCAAGAUUCAUUUGGAGGGAAUUUCACAGAGCCCUUUUUUGGAAAUAUCACUGACCUGAAUGUUUGGAAUAUGUCUCUGGAAAAAAGCCAUGUUCUUGCCUUCAACGCAUGUUCACCCAUGGCCCAGGAAAUGCUUUACAGUUGGAAUCUUGAUCACCUAAGCAGUCAUCCAGUGGUCCAAGAGGUGCAGGUCCUUAUGUUUUGCCUAGCAGUGCACCAGCAGAUGGAGCUGCAGGGCUGCAGGACGCUGCAGAGCUGGUCAGAUGAGCAGCCAUUGUUCGGCCUGACGGACUGUUCUGAUCCACUGCCGUUCAUCUGCAGGAGCAGCAGAGAGCGAUACCUGAAGAUGAAGCAGAUGAGUGAUUCUCAGACCUCUCAGCCCACUGCCUUUAUGAACCAUCUGAUGAAGCUUUCCAACAAAACCCAGGCAGUGCUGGGGCAGCAGCCAUCAGGGCUGAGCAGCCUGGCCCAGGCAUCUGCCCUGCUGGGCAUCUCUGUCCAAGCCCUGGAGGACACCCAGCAGGAGGGACUGCAGCCAACAGACAUGGUGUCCCUUAUCCAGCUGCUGUCUCUGGCCGCUGACUUCCCCGCGCAGCCGCUCGCUGACACCACCAACCACAGCCAGGACAACAUCCAGGAGCUCAGCCAGCACUUCAUCAGCGUGGCCGACAGUGUCAUCAGUGAAGACAACGCCCUCAAGUGGCAGGCCAUCAAAGAGGUGGUAAACGGCCCCAUGGAUGUGGUCAAGAGUAUUGACCAGAUGGUGACCAGCCUGAGCUCUCGCUUGAUGGCAGAGACUGAUCACCUGACCAUUCACAGCCCCAACAUCAAGGUGGAGGUGCAGCAGCAGAGGCUGCAGGAAGGAUCCAGGGGAUCGAGCUUCUGUGGGCCUGAGACAGACAAACACACCAACGUGGACUGUAUAUCAGUCCCACAUCAGAAGAUACAGGAUCUCCAUAACAACGGCUUCCAUAAGCUCACAUUGGUCAAUACAUGGUACGGCUCACUGCGGCCCCUUUUCAGUUCUGAGGAGAACAUCACCAUGGUUCCAACCGUCAAUGAUGGCAGCCAGAGGUAUUUGGGCACCAUCCUGGGCUCUUCUGUCAUAUCCACCACAGUGCUGGGAGACGACCAGCAGCUUAGCACAGCAGUUCGCUUCCAGCUCCAGCACAGAGUACAGAAUCCCACUGGUACUGUGUAUGAUCCAGUGUGUGCCUUCUGGGAUUUUGACCUCACGCCAGAGGCUGGUGGGUGGUGGAAUACCAGAGGCUGUGAGAUAGUGUCCAAACAAUAUGGAUACACUGUGUGCUACUGCAACCAUACCACCAAUUUUGCCUUGCUGCUUCAGGUUUAUGAAGCCCAGAGGAGCCCGGAGAACGAAAAAGCUCUGCAGGUGCUGACGUUUAUCGGCUGUGGAGUGUCUCUGUGUGGCCUCCUCUUCACCUUCAUCCUCUUCAUUGCUGUGGGUGUCCCGAAAUCGGACCGUACCACUGUCCAUAAGAACCUGAUUGUUGCUCUGGGCAUCGCUGAGCUACUGUUGAUGUGCAGUGACUGGGCGUCUGCUAAUGAGGCAGCGUGCUACAUGGUGACGGCACUACUCCACCUCUUCUUCAUGGCCUCCUUCUCCUGGAUGCUGGUGGAGGGCCUGCUGCUCUGGAGCAAAGUCGUAUCCGUCAACAUCAGCGAGGACCGCAGGAUGAAGCUCUACUACAUCAUCGGCUGGGGACUACCUGUUCUAAUAGUCGGUGUAACACUGGCAGUAUCAGUGGACGAGUACAAGGCAGAUGAUCACUGCUGGCUCAAUGUGAAGACUGACACCAUUUGGGCCUUUGUGGGACCCGUUAUAUUUGUCUUGGCGGUCAAUGCAGUAGUGCUGUGUCGGGUUGUCAUGGUGACCGUUUCCAGCGCUCGCCGUCGUGCUAAGAUGCUCAGUCCAAGCUCGGCAUCAAAGAUGCAGACCUUUGACCUCACCUGGGCUGUGACCCGCCCAGUUCUUAUCCUGCUGCCAGUGCUGGGUCUGACCUGGCUGUGUGGAGUACUGGUCCAUCUGUCUGUCGUAGUCACCUAUGUCUUCAUCGCUCUCAAUGCCUUCCAGGGCCUGUAUAUUUUCCUAGUGUAUGCUGUUUACAACAGUGAGGUGAGGAAUGCCAUAAAGAGGAUCAAAGAAAGGAGGAAGGCCUUAUCUUUCACGAACUGUUCCCAGCCAACCAGCUUCCUACCCUCCCAGAGAGCCCCAAUUACUUCCUGGGGCCGCAGUCCUCCGACCCCUUCCAGCCCUGAGACCAGUGAGACCUCUGGACUCCCCAGCUCGACCUCCACAUCAUUGGUCAUCAAGAAUGAGAGCUUCAGAAAGGAGAGCUUUGUGAGUUUCUCUUUAAAACCAGCAUCAGGAAACCAAGUUGUCCAGUUGACUGGGUUCAAGCCAUCAGGUUGUUGAGCCGCAAAUGGAGUGGAUCCUGAUACUCAGUUACAACAAACAAGCACCAUCACUGGAAGAACGGGGGACCUGGACACACACACACACACACACACACACACACACACACACACACUCUCUGCUGGGCUGGAGAGUGCGGAAGAAAAUAAGCAUGAGGCAAUAAUGAAGGCGUGAGCGUGGAGCUGUUCUGUUGUCAGAUCAGAUCAGUGUUCAUCACAUAGCAUGUGUUUUUUUAUCUCAGACAAACUCUUGCCGAGGUAGCCGUCUCUCUGUCAGCCAUAUUGGAAGUCCUCAGUUUUGGAACAAAUAGAAGAGUGAGUAGUGAGUAGUAUGUUUUGAUAGUUUAAGCUAAUGUCCACACAUCAAUCUCUGCAAGUAACAAUAAAAAACAAUUUUGUCUAAAAGAUGCACCGAUA